ACAAUAACAAUCAAGCAAAUUUUCAAAUUGUGAAUUCAAAAUUUCAAAUCAAAUUUUGCUCAACAAAAUUUUGAUGGAGAAACAAAUUGAAUCAAAUCAAAUCAAUACAAUUAUUGCCAAAUGAUCAAAAUGCCAAUAUUAAUUGUGAAUAAUGUUACUCAUCAAAAUCAUAAUUAAGUUAAUUGUAUAACCAUAAUCAUCAUCGCCUUUAUAUCAAUGAUAACUAAAUUUAAUCAACUGUCAGUAAUCAAAGUGGGUGUAAAUGUUGUCACUCAUUGAACCUUACAUUGGACUUAAAUCCACCCCCGCCACGACCACCACACCCAAGCCCACCAUUGAUAUUAAGAGACCAAAUCGAGAGGGUAUUCAAACAGCCAAGGGUAUGAAUCGAUACGUUAUGUUAAGUCAACUUGGCGAUGGGACUUAUGGGACAGUUUUACUUGCCCAAAGGCUGGAAACUGGUGAGAAAGUGGCAAUUAAAAAGAUGAAGAAACGUUAUUAUUCAUGGGAAGAGUGUAUGAAUUUAAGAGAGGUCAAGUCUUUACAGAAAUUAAGUCAUCCCAAUUUGGUUAAAUUACGAGAAGUGAUUAGGGAGGACAAUCAACUUUACUUUGUCUUUGAAUAUAUGAAGGAAAAUCUUUACCAAUUAAUCAAAGACAGAGAGAAACCAUUUGCCGAACCUGUGAUAAGAAAUAUAAUGUACCAAAUAUUAGAUGGACUUAAUUUCAUGCAUAAACAUGGAUUCUUUCAUCGGGACAUUAAGCCCGAAAAUUUACUUUGCAAUGGACCAGAAUUGAUCAAGAUCGCUGAUUUUGGCCUUGCCCGUGAGAUCCGUUCUCGUCCACCUUAUACCGAUUAUGUGUCAACUCGUUGGUAUCGAGCACCCGAAGUCCUGUUAAGGUCAACUAAUUACUCUUCACCCAUUGAUAUUUGGGCGGUUGGUUGUAUCAUGGCGGAAUUGUAUUCCCUUCAACCCAUUUUUCCAGGCCGAAGUGAAAUCGAUCAAAUUUUCAGAAUCUGUUCAGUCCUUGGAACACCCGAUAAGAGAGAAUGGACGGAAGGCUAUCAAUUAGCAUCUUCGAUGAAUUUUAAAUUUCCUCUGAUGAGUUCGAUUAAUUUAGAAUCAGCAAUUCCCAAUGCAAGUUCUGGAGCAAUUGAUUUAAUGGUGAACAUGUUAAAAUGGAAUCCAUCUAAUCGUCCAACAGUAACUCAAAGUUUCCGUUACAGUUAUUUUAAAGUAAAUCAAAAAUUGGGACUACAACAAAUGACCUCUCUGUCCACCACAAGGUCAUCUUCAAAUAGACCAUCAAAUUAUUUCAAAUUAUCGUCAAAUAAAUGGGAUGAUAAUGGUAAUAAAAGGUUAAUCGGUGAAAUAAACGACGAUCGAGUUGGUGAUAGGUCAAAUUUUCCAAACCAAGGAACAAGGUACAAAGAGAUGACCAUUGAAAGGCCAAAAUCACCCGAGAUAAAUUCAUUAAUGAACAAUACGAGUGAUAAUACGAAUCAAAUUAGCUCACAAUCUAAACGUAAUUCAGGUAUCUCAUUAAAAGAUCAAUAUCUAAUUAGAUCUCGAUACAUCGCUGGACAGAAUACCAAAAAUUUAUCAUAUCGAGGAGUUGCCAAUAAUUCAACAAGAAGGAUUUCAAUAAUUUCCAAUCAAAGUCAAGAGACAUCAAACCAAUUAGGGUCAAGUAUGACCGGUAAAACGGACUGGUCAGCAAAGUAUCUCAAGUAAAUGUCAAAGUUUCGAGAAGCCAAUCAACACUGUAACAUAAUAGUAAACACAUUUAAUCAAUUAGCUAAUCAUAAUCAUCCAACUCAUUGUAAUUGACAAGAAAAGUUCAUUAGUUCAAAAAUGAACCAUAAAUUAAAAUCAACAAUUUACACAGAAAAUU